AGUAAUCAGCUGACGUUUGCAGAGGCAACAAUCAUGAACUUGAUAAUAUUUUUGUUGGUGUUUACGAGAUAUUUCGUGGUAAAUGGUAGUGCGGAAAUAGAAAAACACAUAAAAACAAUACACGGAAAUCCGGAUGUCAACGAAGGCUUGCAAAAAACUCAUGUUUUUACCGCGGAUUUGUCAGACAAUGAUGGGGCUGUGCAAAACAGACAUAAAAGGGCUGUCAAUGGAGUAAAUGAUACAAAAGUUAUAACAAAAAUAAAACACCUGAACGACACCCAUAAACAGUUGAUGGUGCAUUGGGUGGGCGAAGGUAGCAACGUCAUCAUUUGUUUGGCUCGCGAUCCAGCCCCCUUUUCGCUAUCUUUCGUCGUCGUGCCCGUCAGCCCGUCGGCAGUGUACAUUUCCUACGACUACGGCGACACCUACGAAAACAAGACCGAACUUUUCAAGCUGAAAAAUGGGACUUACGCGACAUUGGAAAAAUUCUACAACCAUCCCAAAUUUAAUACACAUUUUGUUUUUACCGACAUUCGUCAUAACAUGCUGUUUGUGACGAAAGAUCAUGGGAAGACGUUCACGAGAUACGAGCUGAACUUUACGCCGAGCGAUGUUUCAUUCUGUGAAUCAGAUUCUGACACUUUUGUGGCUCUCGAUAAAAACAACACAGAACACCAGCUCUAUAUUACCGAAAAUUUCGGAAAUCACUUUCGUAAAAUCGACGAGUUCGUAAAAUCUUUCAGCUGGUUGAAAGAUGCCAACGCACGUCCUCUACUUGUCAUCCAAAGAAACACGCCGAACGGUCUCAGCACCAUAUUAUUCUCCGAUAACCUUUUUAAAAGCAACAAACAGCAAGUUCACGCUACCAAUGUCAAAGAUUACUUUCAAAAGGGAGAAUAUCUUUUCACUACCAAGGAUGUAAGCAUAGGAGCAAACAAGGAUACUGUGGGCUUAUAUGUCUCCCACAAGCUAGGAGGAGAAAUGCAAUGUAUUUUCGAUACUGAUCUACCAAUAAAAAACUACUUUAUAGUGGAUGUUACUGCAAAUAGAGCUAUGGUUGCAGUCAGUCACAAUGAAAAUCUAUCCAAUUUGUAUGUUUCUGAAAGUCUUGUGGGCAACAACAGAAAGAUUAAGUUUACUUUAAGUUUGGAUGACGUUUUUGCAUUUUUUCCCAACAAUACUUGGCAGGACACGUGGCUACAUCACGUAUCAGAAGACGCAUUUGCCGACGUGUACCGCGUCGACGGCCUCACCGGAAUCUACAUAGCAUCGCGCGUCCUCUCCAAACCAACGGCCAACAGUCUGGGUCCGCAGCACCUGGGAUCCGUGAUCACGUUCGACCACGGCAGAUCGUGGCGCCCGAUAGUCGCCCCCGACUUCGACGUCGAAAACCAGAGGACCGGCUGCCUGGUGGUCAACAACUGUUCCCUACAUCUAAGCCAGAAAUUCAGUCAGUUAAAUCCCGACACGAGAAGCAUCAGCAUUUUGACGAGCAAAUCCGCUCCUGGAAUUAUCGUUGCCACAGGUGUGAUGGGAAAAUCUCUAAAAGGUCACUACGGUGUCUACGUUAGUUUGGAUGCCGGUUUAACCUGGCGCCAGACCCUUCGCGAACUAUUCUUCUUCAAUAUGGGUGAUCAUGGUGGCAUUUUUGCCGCAGUCGAGUAUUACAAGUCGUACGGCGAGACCAGGUACGUUCAGUACAGCGUGGACGAGGGAGAGUCGUGGCAUGACGCGCCCUUCCACGACGAGCAAUUGAGGAUGUACGGAUUGAUGACGGAACCAGGCGAGAACACGACAAUUUUUACCAUGUUUGGGUCUUUGUCUGAACAGCAUCAGUGGAUUAUUAUCAAGUUGGAUUUCAUGAAGGUUUUCAAUACUACUUGCGGCGAGGAUGACUAUAAACCUUGGACUCCAAGUCAAACCGAGAUGGGACGUAGCUAUAUGCCAUGCGUGAUGGGACAACAGAUGACCUACAAACGCAGAAUACCUCACGCAAACUGUUACAACGGCCAAAACGCAGUCGGACCCUUAAAAGUACAGCCAUGCGAUUGCGAUUAUCUGGACUUUGAAUGUGACUACGGCUUCAAACGAACCGGCACAACCCCUUACCGAUGCAUCAAAAACCACGCGGUAGCGGAUUUCGAUCCGUUCGCCGUUCCAACCACCUGCAAACCCGGGCAAUUCUACAACAGAACCAAAGGUUACCGCCACAUCUCCGGCGAUGCCUGCGUCGACGGCUUCAAGGACCACUUCCUGCCCGACCUGGUGCCCUGUCCGAUCACGGAACCCGACAACUUCCUGCUGUUCGCGCAACGAGAAAAGAUAUCCCGAUUGGAUUUGGUUACGAAGUCGGUGGAAGAGUUGCCCGUCAAAAAUCUGAAGAACGUCAUCACGAUCGAUUUUGAUGUGAGGAAUAACUGCGUUUACUGGGCGGAUAUUAUUUUGGACAUCAUUGGAAGGCAGUGCUUCAAAAGCGGCAGUCAGGCCGAAGUCUUGGUGUCCAGCGACUUGGCUUCCAUCGAAGGAAUGGCUUUGGAUUGGAUCUCGAACACCUUGUACUUCGUGGACGGAGUGAGAGCCAAGAUCGAGUUCAUUCGUACCGACAUAAACCACAGCGGACGCAUGCGCACCACCGUUCUCGACUCCAAAGUGCUGAAAAAACCCCGAGGCAUCGCUCUUCACCCGAAAAACGGUUACCUGUUCUGGACCGAUUGGAGCGCCGAUUUCCCCUCGGUCAACCGAGCUAAUCUGGACGGUUCGCAAAAUAAAACCCUGUUCGGGAAAAACACCGUCGAAUGGCCCAACGGCAUUACAGUGGACUACAUUGCCAACAGGAUUUACUGGGUCGACGCCAAGUUGGAUUACAUCGGUAGUUCGGAUUUGCACGGUGACGGGUUCAUCAAGGUCGUUUCAGCGGAGGACGUGGUGUCGCAUCCGUUUGCCGUGGCUGUUUUCAAGAAUCAGAUGUACUGGGACGAUUGGAAGAGAAAUGCUAUAUUUAGUGCCGAUAAGGAUGUUUAUAAAGGUGUGGAAGUUUUGGUAAAACCCCUGCCUGGCCUGAUGGACCUCAAAGUGUACGCGCACGGCAUACAAUUCGGCAACAACUCGUGCACCCUCGACACCACGUGUCGCUACACGUGCGUCGGUUUGCCGAAAAACAAAUUUACUUGUCUUUGUCCCGACGGACUGGUCAUGAAGGAGGGCUCGUGCAUGUGUCCCGGCGACAUUAUGCCCAACGCCAACCUGACCUGUCCCAAAGUGAACACCACCUGCAGUCCCGAACACUUUACUUGCUCAAACGAUGGGUGCAUACCUAAAGGCUGGAGGUGUGAUGGUGAAGAUGACUGCGGCGACAACUCCGAUGAAAACCAAUGCGGUACGAAUACAUGUGCUAAAAACUAUUUUGUGUGUGGGGACGGAAAAUGCCUACCAUCCUAUUGGAAAUGUGAUUACGAACCAGACUGCUCAGACGGUUCUGACGAACUGAAUUGUCCCCAUGAAAACUGCACUUCAGCGCAGUUCAAGUGCACAAACGGCAGAUGCAUAUCGAAGAAGUGGGUGUGCGACGGGCAAAACGAUUGCGGAAACGGAAGCGACGAAGUCGACUGUCAUCCCAAUCCACCCUCCAAUUCUUGCAAAACUGACGAGUUCCACUGUCAAUCAGGCGGUCUGACCUGCAUCCCGUCCACAUGGAAAUGCGACGGUGAGCCGGAUUGCCGCGACGGCAGCGACGAGGUAAACUGCAACAACAAUACGUGCACCGAGGCGCAGUUCUCGUGCGGGGAGCCCAGCUUCCGCUGCAUCUACAAGAGUUGGAUCUGCGACGGCGACAAGGACUGUCCCGACGGCAGGGACGAGCUUAACUGCACAACCACCAGACCGCAGCACCAGCCCUAUCCCUUCCCACAGGCAAAUGGAACUUGCGAAGAAUGGAUGUUUAAAUGUGCAAACAACCGGUGCGUGCCGUUCUGGUGGAAGUGCGAUGACGCUGAUGACUGUGGCGACGGCAGCGACGAAGAGGGAUGCACUCGAGUCAAUUUAUCCUCCACUACAGUGCGACCCGGAUCUGGCCCGACCUCUGACGACAACCGAUGCGGCAAUAACAUGUUCCAAUGUCCAACUGGACAAUGUAUAUUUAGUGGAUGGCUAUGUGAUGGUACCAAAGAUUGCCCAGAAGGCGAAGAUGAAUUACACUGCGGUGAAAUGAGGAAUUGUACAAGGGAACAGUUUAAGUGCAGAGUUGACGGAAGUUGUAUUUCGCAAUCACUGGUUUGCAACAAUCACCAAGACUGUCCGGACGGCAGCGACGAGUCAUCGUGCGAUCAUCCACAAAACCUUCCCGGACCGGCCACGCCCAGCUGCAGCAAAGGCUACUUUCCUUGCGAUGGCAGCAGCUGUUACCCAUUGUCUCUGCUCUGCGACAACAAGCAAGACUGUCAUGACGGCUACGAUGAGAGGAACUGUAGCAACCGCUCGCAACGCAUCUACCAGGUAAUGCAGAUGGGCGUUAACGAGCGCGGCGUGUCCGACUCCUCUUUGUCGAUUUACUGGUGGAUUCAGAGACCGAGCGAAAUAAAGUUGGAGUUCAUACCGAGCAUAAGUCGCGUGGGCGACGAUAAAUGGGAGAACAAAACCGCUACGGACGAUACCGAGUACGAGUUCACCAACUUGGAGCCGUACACAAAGUACAACAUAACGAUUUACGUGAAAAUCAAGAACAGCGGCACCGUAUUCCCGCCCGCCAAACAUUUCAUUGCUCACACUGUAGAAGGUGUGCCUUCUGAACCCUGGAACGUCACAGCAAAGCAGAUUAACGGUUCGCAUAUUUUGCUUAAAUGGAAUGCACCGAAACAUCCGAAAGGAGUCAUUACCAAUUACCGCGUCGUUUGGUACCAAAACGACAGAUUUAUUACGGACGUUAGGCUCAGAGGUUCAGAAACCAAGCACCUAUUGCCUGUUGAUUUAGAACAUGGAAAAGUCUACAACUUUUACGUAAUUGCCAUAAAUAAUAAGUUUGAGAGCAACAAAUCCAUCGUGGGAACGUUAAAUUACGACGGAAAGACUUUCUUGGAGGCCUUCAAGGAUCUCAGCGUUAAGGAUGUAACCAAUCACAGCGUCGCGUUGGCUUGGAAGUACGACGGCGAACAACCCGAGGGCUUCCUGGUAAAAACCUUCACCGAACGGUUGUAUCCCGCUUUGCCGUACAUGAAAACAACGAACAACUCGUUGACGAUCAAUCUGGCGCCUGGAACAACUUACCACUUUGAGGUUUAUGCCUUCAGGAACACCCUCAAUGGUCCUUCAUCGUUUUUAACCGUCAAGACUAAGGGUUUUCCAUUGCCUCAAGUGGCAAAUUUGGAAGCCAUUUUGAUAAAACAAACCGGUACUGGUGUGAAAUUAACCUGGGACAGGCCAAAGGAUGGCAGAAAAGUUAAAUGGAACUACGGAAUUUUCUAUGGAAUUACUGAGGAGGAGUUAGUAUCAAAAACCAGGCUUAGAACCACUGAAGAAUCUGCUCAGAUAACCGAUUUAGCCGCUUGCGAAAUCUACAUGUUCUCAGUGGCCAUAGUCGGUCCCUAUGGUUACGGACCUCUUGCUAACUUGGUAAUAGUUCGUACGUCGAUCAACAUUUUGGCGCCGCCAGAAAGGGUGAGCGUCAGUCCCGAACCCUACAACAAGAUGGCGAUACGCGUCACCUGGGAACCGUCCUGUCCUAACCAGAACAACACACCUUACUUGGUGGAAAUCACAGAACUUAACUCAAGAUACACACACAACAAGCAAAUUUCCAAUCUGACUGGCGUUUUCAACAUCGCCAUGGGCGGCAGAUAUCAAAUCAGAGUGCGCACUCUUCAGGACAAGUCGAAAUUUUCGAUUCCCGUUUACAUAGACGGGCCGCCGAUAAUGGCGCCCUACGAGGUUCGAGUUUUGCCGGAAAAUAACGGAAGUUACAUCGUCUACUGGCAAGAGAGACAGUUGCCCAAGGAAGUGGGCAACUACACGUACGAGAUUUUGGUGUGCGAAGGUAACGUAUUGAACGAAAAAACCGCAGCGAGAUUCAAUGCGAGCAGUCCGCCGUUCAUUUACACCAACACGUCCGGGGACACGUACACUUUUGCGGCGCGGAUCAAGACGCACGAGGGUAUGCUCUCGAUGACGUCCGAUCACGUGAGCAAGCGCAGCGAGUACGCCGCCGCGCCGGUCGCGUCCAACUCCACCACGGUCGUGGUGUCCGUGUCGGUCUGCCUGAUUUUGGUCGCCGUGAUCGGGUACUUGGUCGCGCGAAAUCGCAAGUUGCACAGCAGUUUCACGAGAUUCGCCAACUCUCACUACGACACGCGGUCUCAAGCCGCCACUUUCGACGACAACGGUUUGGAGGACGAGGACUGUCCGCAAAUCAGGGACAGGUUCUCGGACGACGAGCCGUUGGUAAUAGCCUAAAUAGAGCUAAAACUGCUGGGAAAUAUUUAGGGAUCCUAAUAUUUGGAUGACAGGGUACUUAUUUAUUUCACAGUAGUUUUUUGUUUGAAGGGAGAGAUGGCCAGACUAGGAUUUGUUACCGCAGUAUCUUUAAAUGGUCUUUGAUCAUUCUAUUAUUAAAAUUAUACUAUACUGUAGAAAUGUUUAUGCAAAUCUAAAAGAAGAGUAUUUGAUGGUAAUGUUUUAUUGUAAAUAAUUUAUGGAUGUUGUAAGUUUUUUUUAAUUGUAUAAAAUAUAUGUUACUAAAUGCUAGUCGCGCGUGUCUAAGCCAAAUUUAAAAAAAAAUACGUUAUAUAUUUUUUUUCAUUACACUGUGCGACAAGAUUUCUCAUUUUUUAGUGUUAAAAAUCCGGAAAAAUUGAGUCGGCGAAAAAACGAUUUUUUUUUUCGUAAAAAGAAACGAGAAAAACUAAAUAUUAGGAAAUUUUCACAAAAAUUUCCCAAUUUUUUCAUUUAAAAUGCUAGUAGUUUUUAAAGGAUAUUAAAAAAUAAAAACCGAUUUUUUCUACAAGGUAUGGAAAUUUUUUUUUGUUUCUGUGACAGUUGAGGAGCGAUCAGACAAAACCAGACAAAUCCAUUUAAGUGAUUUG